AAUCAAAGAUAUGAGGCAACGUGGACAAACCUAACCCAAUAAGAAACAAUCAAAAACCCAUCAUUCAUUCAUUUUCCUUCAUUCGGCUAAGUUCAGAGAGAAGAAGAUGGAGGCAACAGCAAUUUCUGGCAGCAGAUUUCUCUAUACAAACAAACAUUUGAUCAAACAAAACUCUUCCUCCGUUUCCCUUCUUACUAUCAAAUCCAUGGCUACUCAAAAACCAUCACCAUCAGCUCCCAAAACUGUUAGCUCCAAGAAGAGCUCGACGGUAUUUCCGCUCGGUGAGAAAGGUCCGAGGAAUAGCACGGUCGCAAGCUCGCCUCCGAUUAAGCUGCUUACAAGGGUGGAGCAACUAAGACUGCUGAGCAAAGCAGAGAAAGCUGGGUUGCUAUCUGCAGCAGAGAAAGCCGGUCUCUCAUUGUCGUCGAUAGAGAAACUGGGCCUUCUCUCCAAGGCAGAGGAAUUGGGAGUCCUUUCUGCAGCAACCGAUCCCGGGACUCCGGGGACUUUGCUCACCCUCAGCCUGGGGUUGCUGCUUUUAGGUCCCUUUAGUGUGUACUUUGUGCCUGAAGAUAACCUUGUGGAGAUUAUAGUGCAGGUUGCAGUUGCUCUGGUUUCUGUUGUUGGGGGAUCUGCAGCUUUUGCUGCUUCAAAUUUUGUUGCAAACUUGCAGAAAUCAAACUAAAUUUGACAGCACGAUUCAUUUACAAAUCUGCUCAAAUGUUUUUCAA